AUGUCAACAUCAACGCCCAAGUGGCUGCUCUUUGCAAUCGCAAGUGGAGCAUGCGCGGCUCUGAACGGUGUCUUUGCCAAACUCACCACAACACAUCUCACCACAGCAUGGGCUGAAUCGCUAUCCCACAUCUUCGGCUUGUCUGGCCCCAACAAGUUUUUCGAGUUUCUUGUUCGCGGUCUGUUCUUCGUCCUCAAUCUCGUCUUCAAUGGCAUCAUGUGGGGGCUCUUCACACGCGCCCUUACCCUGGCAACGAGUACGACCCGUGUCAGUGUCAUCAAUACCUCGGCCAACUUCAUGAUCACUGCCGUCAUGGGCUUCUUCAUCUUCUCCGAGACCUUGCCUGGAUUGUGGUUGCUGGGAGCCGCUAUGCUGGUUGCCGGAAGUGUCAUCAUUGGAAGAAGAGAAGAGGGAAAAGAUACGGGCAGUGCGGGAACUGCAGGUGCUGAGCCGACUGUGCUUGCGUCAGACACUUCGGACAACACACCAUUCGCCGAUGAGCCAGAUGCCCCGCUGGUUGGGGAUGACGAGGAUCAAGGCUUCAAGGACACACAUAGCACACAUGAGUUGGAAAACACAGAUAGAGUGUGGUCGACUUGA